AUGGCCACCAUGGAAGCUACCAUCGCAACAAUCCUCGACCCUCGGGGACACCUCUUGAAAGAAGCUGCGAGCGGCGUCUCUCCCCCGCCGGCAUACUCGCCCCAGCCGCGACGGCUCAGCAAUGCCCAAGUGUCUGCUGAGGAGGCGCGGUAUUACCACAGUUCGCCUCGGCAGCCCGUCAUGAUGGGCCGAGAACCCGUCACCGCCAUCAUCACCGGCGAGGACGAGGCCGACGCCGAGGAGGGCCAGUCGCCCAUCAGCCUGCGGAUCAAUACCUCUGUCAGGAUCUCGAGCAACAACAACCUCGUCUGCUGCAAUACCACGCCGGCCGAGAAUGCCAAGGCCAUUGCUCGUGCUGUCGUCGUUGCGCUCCAGGAGAAUAGCUCUGGCCAGUGUGGCAUCCCCAUGAUCGACGAAGACGGCCGGCCUAGACCCGUCAGAAUCGAGGUCGACGCCGGCAUGGAGGUGCAGGGCAUCGGCAACGUCAUUGGCAACGAAAAGGUCAUCAAUGAGGUGUUGAGGCAACGGAGUGAGCUUCGUCGCCGGAGAGACGACGGGGAGGAUACCGACCGCCAUGAUGGACCCGCCAAGCGCAGGAGGACCGAGUGA